CUGGCUCGGCCCACGACUGCUGGGCAUUGGCCUCGACUGACGCCACCGGAACGGCGCAAAGCCGAGCGCCUCCGGCAGUCCGGUUUCCUUCCCGCCGCCCGCCGCCACGCGAAACCCAAACCCUCUCCACCAAUGCCAGCGCCGCCCGCAGCUGCCUGGCGCCGGCACGCCGCGGCGGCGGCAACCUCCACCACUCCCAGAACCCUCCUCCUCCUCCUCCCGAUCCUCCUCCUUUUCGUCCUCUACAGGGCCCCGGAUCUCACCUUCUCCGCCACCUCCACUGCCGCCACCGCCUCCUCCCGCCAUCUCCCCGGCCAGCUUCGCCCCUUCGACUGCUACUCCUCGCCGCAGGCCUCUCCAGUCUUCGCCAGCCUCGUGGAGGGUGUGCCGCACCCCUUCUUCUACUCGCUCGCCGACAUGGGCGCCCUCCCCGACCGGCCCCACAAGAACAUCGCCCGCCUCCUGAAGGGCAAGCGGUUCCGCAAGCCUGACAUCUCCGAGACCAUCCAGGAGCUGCUCGGCGGGAAGGUUGGGGGAUCAUCCAGUGGACUAGUGGUCGACGUGGGGGCCAAUGUCGGGAUGGCGGCGUUCGCGGCCGCCGUGAUGGGGUUCCGGGUGGUGGCGUUCGAGCCCGUGUUCGAGAACCUGCAGCGGAUCUGCGAUGGCGUGUACCUCAACCGGGUGCAGGACCGGGUUGCGGUCUAUCACGCGGCGGCUUCUGAUCGAGUUGGGAACAUCACUAUGCAUAAGGUGAUUGGCAGACUCGACAACAGUGCUAUAUCUGCAACUGGUGCAAAGUUAGCAUUUAAGUCUAAUGAAGAAAUUGCUGUUGAGGUUGCUACAAUCCCAUUGGAUGAAGUCAUUCCAGAUGCCGAGCGAGUUCUUAUGAUCAAAGUUGAUGUUCAAGGUUGGGAAUACCAUGUACUGAGAGGUGCAUCAAAGUUGCUUUCAAGGAGGAAAGGUGAAGCUCCCUACCUUAUAUAUGAAGAAGAUGAACGCCUGCUGCAGGCAAGCAAUAGUACUGCACAGGAGAUAAGGACAUUUCUCACUAGUGUUGGUUACAAUCACUGUACAUCACGUGGCACGGAUGCUCACUGUACAAAAGAAUAGACAAAUAGGUUUCAGACUAGUGCUUUGAUGCUCCUAAGCUGAGGGUCGAGUAUAAACAGCAAAGAAUCAAUUAGAAUGCCCUGAGCUAUAGCAAAAGCAGUUUUCGCCCCUUAGUCAGCCGAGCAGAGUUUUAGAGAUAUCAUGCAUCCAGUAGUUGGGUUACCUUUAAUUCCAUGGUUUCCUUUGUUUUUUUCUUUUUAGGUUAGUUUGUUGAUUGCUGGGUCUAUUGUCAUCAUAUGUUAUAGAUGCUUGGUCUGAUUGCAGAUUUAGCUAUGCUAAUGCAGCUUCUCUUAUUAAAUUCCGGUCGCUUCUUUUGAUUCAAUUUAUGUGUGCAUUGGACAUCUUGAAUCUUAAUGGACAUUUCCAGAAAUUAGUGCA